AUGUCACGCUCCCUCGAGCCCACGCUCCUUUCGCUGCUUCCCACCCUCCCGUCGGCGUCCUCGCUGCCCCCGCCGCUGCUCGAGUACGCCUCGAGUCUGCUCUCGCUCUCUCGACACAAUGCCAGCACCCUCAAGGCCGAGGAGGAGGUAGCGCGCCUCUACGCCUGCGCCCACCUCGCCUGCGAACGCCUCAAGACCACCCUCGACCUGCCACCCAUCCAGGCCCGCCCGCCCGUCAUACCCAGGAUCUACAAGCGUCUGUAUACCCAUCUCGACCACAUCCUGCCCGCCGCCUCGGUUGGCAAGAGCGGCAGGGUCCGCACGCCGAGUGGGAAGGCUAGGGAGGCGACUGGCGUGUUUGGGAGCGCGGCCGGGCAGAGGAUCAGGGACCGCGCUACCCCGAACAAGGAGAUGUCCCUGGCCCAGUUCAGGCCGAAGGCAGAUGGAACUCCGACAAAGUCCACUGGAAAGGCCGUUCUCCCCGGAACAGGCCGUACGGCUGCUGCUCGGGAUGCACUACCUCCGUGGAUCAGGCCGACUACGCAAUUCAUGUGCCUCAAGCUGGACAACCAACGCAUGGGCCGCACAGUUCUGGCCGGCAUGCAGACCAUAGUCGUUCCACACGGCAAGCGCAACAGAGAUGCCUGGGUCACCGAGCACUUGUCUCCGCUCCUGGCCGCUGUUUGCUUCAUGGUGGCCAUGAAGAUCGCCAACCUCGAGACCGGGGCGCAGAUCAGCAGCGACCAAUAUAUCGCGCUACGUCGAGAUAUCGUCAGGGCAUUGAAGUCUGCGAGGACCGAGGUGGACCACAGAAGAGAAGACGAAGAAGUCUUCUGGGAAGGCUGGUCCAAUCCCACACCAAAGGCCGUAGACGAGGCAUUGGCCAAGAUCAAAGAGAGCCAAUGGCAGGAGGAAGAUUGGUUUGCAGGCAUCGAUGAUCUGGUCGCCUCCACACACGCUGCCGGUGACAGGGACCUCGAGAUGGCGGGUGCGGACGACCAUGGCAGCGGUUCCAAGGCUCAGAUCCAGCGAGGCGACACUAUGCUGCAAAGUCGGUGGGUCAUGACGGACGAGAAGCGGGAGGACUAUCGCCGGUGGAAAGCCGAUAUACUGAGUCAUAUUGAGGAGAUGGAAAAGGCACGAGGCAGCGCGAUGGAGGUCGACGCCACGGCCUGA